AGCAAACCGACACGCUGCCACGUGAGGGCGUCUCGCUCGAAACAAAAUAUAUAACACCCCACCGCCAGCGCCGACGUCAUGUCUCAGUGCCCUCACUGCUUCGUGGGGCAGUGCCAGAGGCACAAGCUGCAGGAUCACGGCAAGCGCGAGCUCCUCCUCAAGUCCAAGAUGGUUGACCCCAAGGCCGCCCAGCAGAGGCUGUUCGACCGCGUGGUGACAGCUCAACUCGACAAGCUGGAGGCCGCAGCGCGAGGCGCCAACGCAGGAGACCAGGAGAUCUACAAAGCAAGCGUGUCCAAGGCGCGCGACCGCGCCGAGCGAAGGGGGAACAAGCUCUCCAGCAAGCAGCAGCGGCAGGCGGCCAAGUCUAGGCUGGGUGGGCACCUCGUCCACACCAUGCUAGACAGCGACGACGACGGCAACGACUCCGAUUCCGACGACGGGAAAGGGCGAGCCAAAGGCGGCAGAAAGAGCAAGGACAAGAAGCGCAAGAGCCGCAAGGACAAGAAGAGGAAGCACAGGGGGAGCGGCGACGACGAGGGAAGCUCGAGCGGGAGCGACGGUAGCGACAGCGAGGAGGGGAGCAGAGCCGACAGGAAGAGACGUAGGAAGGAUAAGAAGAAGGAGCGCCGCCAUCGCAGCGGCGGCAGUAACGGCAAGGAAAAAUCCUCGUCUGAGAAGAAAAAGGAUAAGUCGGACAGGAAGGAAAGGAAGAAGGAGCGCAAGGAGCGGCGCCGGAGCGACAAGAAGUUAACCAAACAGAGCAAGAAGAGAAGACGGCAAGAAGAGCGUGCCGGCGGAGCGGGCGACAGCGAUGACGCCACAAACGGUGACGAUAAAGGCGCGCCGGCGGCGGCGGCUAUUGCUGCUGCUGGAAAAAUGGACGUUGUUGUCACAAACGGCGGCAGUGGCGGGGGGCGCGGCAGCAGCAGCAGUAGCAGCAGCAGCAGCAGUGGAAGCGGCAGCGAUAACGAUGCCGGCGAGGGAGGGAGGAGGGAUGGCGUUACCGAUCCGCUGUAGACGGCGAUGGCGCUUUAGGGGU